GAACAUGGUUUUUCGUAUGACAGAUAGAAGCGGGAAGGGGCUCUUCUUGUGUAAUUGAAAGGAAGCUAUGCAUAGACAGUGUUUAAAACGUUUUGCGCUUUUAACUAGCCGGCAAUUCUGUUACAAACCCGUAAGACGGCCCAACGUACUAAGGGAUCCCGCUGCCGGUGAGAGUACAGCGAAACGUCCAGCUACAGAAAUACAACGUCCUACUGAUAACCAUAAUGCUGUCGAUCUCACAAAACAUCUCCAGGCGAAAAUUUUGGCAACCGGACCUAUAACCGUGGCCGAAUACAUGCGCGAAGUGCUGACAAACCCUCAAUCAGGCUAUUACAUGAAUAGAGAUGUCUUUGGGCGAGAGGGAGACUUUGUGACUUCGCCUGAAAUUUCACAAAUAUUCGGAGAGCUAGUUUCCAUUUGGAUUUUGAGUGAAUGGCAAAAGCUGGGAAGUCCACCGUUUCAGUUGGUGGAAUUGGGUCCGGGAAGGGGAACUCUGAUGCGCGAUGUAAUAAAAGUAUUGUCCAAAUUCAAACUCAGCACCGGCUUCUCCAUACACAUGGUGGAAAUAAGUCCUCACCUCAGCAAAAUACAAGCACAACUUCUCUGCUAUAACUUUGAUGAUUGCGAUCCAAAUGUCGACGUGUACUAUCGCAAAGGUGAAACAGCGUCUGGCACAAAAAUCUAUUGGUACAGUAGAUUGGAAGACGUUCCACGCAAGUUUUCUGUUGUAAUGGCUCAUGAAUUCUUUGAUGCGUUGCCAAUACAUAAGUUCCAGCUAGAUAAAGGCGUGUGGAAAGAGAUUCUCAUCGAUUUGGCAGAAGAAAAAGGAACUGAUUUCAGGCUCGUUUUAUCUAAAAAUCAAACACCUCUUUCAAAGAUAUAUACGCCUGUAGCUGGCGAAACAAGGACGACUUUAGAGUACUCUUUGGAAGCGGAUCGUUUGGUCGGCCUGCUGGCGGAUCGUUUCGAAUCUGACGGUGGCAUUGGUCUUAUAAUGGAUUACGGCCAUUUUGGAGAAAAAGAGGACACUUUUAGGGCAUUCAAAAAACACGCUCUGCACGAUCCUUUGAAGUCGCCUGGAACGGCUGACCUCACUGCUGAUGUCGAUUUUCGUCAAAUUAAAACUGUGGCAGAACAAAAAAAUCAAGUCGUUUGUUUUGGGCCGGUAGAACAAGGCGUUUUCUUAGAUAGAAUGGAAGGAAAAGCACGAUUAGAGGCCUUAGUAAAAAAUGCACUACCCGAAAACCGAGAAACUAUUAAGUCAGCCUACGAAAUGCUAACGCAUUCCAAUCAUAUGGGUGCCCGAUUUAAAUUCUUUUCAAUGUUUCCCGCUGUUUUAAAGGAACAUCUGACAAAAUUUCCUGUAAAUGGGUUCCAUUAAAUGUAAUACAAAUUGUACGAUAGCAUAAUUUGGUCAAUAUUGUAUAAUAUAAAUCUUAAGAAUGUUUAACAGACACUA